AUUGGUGGGAUGCAGGCCGCCUGAAGCCUAGUCGGUAGGAGCUAGAAUAACUCUCUCCUCCUUUCUCUGAUUGGAGAUUAUGCCUUCUCUUAGGUCGUUGCCUCACAGCACACAUCAGAACCUCCUGGAAGACUCAUCACAGAUCCCUGGGUCUCGCUCAGGGUUUCCGACUCAGUGGAUCAGGGGCGAGGCCAGGAACUAAAACAUUUCUAACCCAUUUCCAGGUGCUGCUGCUGCGGCUGCUGCUGCGUGUCCGGGGCAGACUCGGAGAACCACCCUCCUGGAGCGUGUUUGUCCCAGAGGGCCGCUGCUGCAGCCUCUACUGCAACGGGGGGGGGGGGGGGGGGGUGCUUGUUACGGUGCAGAUCCCCAGGCCCCAACCUAUGACGCUGUUUGGUGGGGUGACAGAGCUGUGGAAACGGUCUGGAACCUGCAUGUCACACUGAAGCUUGAAGCGCCGUUCCCGGCUGGGCUACAGGAAGCUUUGUGACUUCACCUACCCGCAGCCUCGAUUUUUUGUUGGCAUGAUCUAAUUUACUUCCGACCCAGAGCUCCGGGCAGCCUGUCUGAAGUUGACGGGCACUCGCAGCCUUUGGUCACCUGGCACACCAGGCCUGUCCUUCCCGAGGGCCUCCCAGUUGCCCCUGCAGGGGGGCCUACACAGCCGUGAUUUUUCAGUGCUCAUUACAGCACAUCUAAGACUGUGAAACAACCACAAAAGGCCCAGAUGGUGUCUAAACCCCCAAGGAGCUCCCGAUCUGAUGGGAAAGCCAGCCACGACUAGAGAACGAGACCGGGCAUACAUCAGAUGCCCAACUGUGACUCGUGGGAAACACAGAAGGAUUCCAAAGGGAGAGAAGUUUCUUGUGAGUCCAGAAAGGCAGGAAUGGUACUCGAACUUGAAAGGUAAAUAGGACCGCAGGUGGCCCUGACGUCCAAGAGCUUCCCCUGGCAGGCAGAACGGUCGGAGCAAACGGGACGUGAGAAGCCGCAGCUGAGCCCUGACCGCCCGCUCUGCCCUCCGGCCCCCUUGGCUUUGUGGCUUUGUGGCUUUGUGCCUCGCAUGCGACCCAGAGCGAAGUAGCCUAUGUCCACCUGUGCUGAGCAUCCCGAGACUUGGGUGGGGGGACAGUGGCCUCAAGAAGGAGCUGCUGGGGUGAUGGGAACAGACGAGAGCUUGUGCUACGUCAGCCGAGGGCGAGCCCGGCUGUGGCGGCAGGCGCUCCCUUGGAAAUCCUCAGGAGUCCCCCUUGUAGCCUUGAGGUGCUAAGGCGCCAGAUGGAGGAAUCGAGGCUACAGCCUGUCUGUCCUCCUCACAAAAAAGCCAAAGUUUCAAAACCUUAAAGAGUGCCUACAAAGCCCACUAUGUGUCGUAUUUCUCCAAAGGCCUAAAAAUAGUGCUUGCUUUUGGGAGUACGAAUUGCCCUCCGGUCCCCUUAAUCCUUCACGUGCAAGACGUGGCCGGACGUUGGGAAGCAGGCGAAGAGGGGAGAUUGGCGAGGUGGGGGCUGCUUUCACCCGCUGCAGCUGAUGCUCGUCUUCGCUUGUCCGCCCCACCUCCUCUCAGACUGGGAACCCCCCCCCAGCCUGUUCUUCCCAUGCUGCUCCAGGUUUCUUCAAUCACAGCAUUUAAGAACCUGAAAUGCCGUUCACACAUGGAGCAAAGUGAGAACCACUCCAUCCAGCAGCCGCCUUCUUCCCUUUGCAGCCAGCUUGCACUUGUACGGGAAGUCCCCGUCACCCGGCACGGAGAGCAUCCAGGGUCUCUCCGCUCUGGCUCCUCCAGGCCGCCCCCCCUGCCCCUGCCGCACCCCCCCCCCCAGCCUGUGGUUUCCUGUCACAUCUGGGCCGGGCUCGGGUUCUGCCCCGUGUCUGCCUUCAGUCCAAGCCUCGCCGUACUCAGCAUGCAUCGAGUCCACUCUGCUUUGUCUUUCUGUCAUUCUCCCCAGUUACACUGUACCCACCCUGUAAGCCCAGCUUCAAAUCCCCGCUCCUUCCGUGGAGCUACCCCUGGCUCCUAUAGCCCCCACUGGUUUUUCUUUUCUGGAUUCUGUCCCUGCACCUGCCUCUUGAGUCCUUUAUGUUUUAUGCGAGCUACGCUUGCCUCUUCCGCUGUACUGCAAGGCUCUGGGGGUGGGGGGCGGGGUGCCCUGUGCUCCUCCUGACACUCCCCUGCAUCUCGAGUCAGCGGAACAGAUUGGUUGCAGAGUGAUCUCAUGGCGCGGUUUGGUGGUGUGUGAACUCUAACAAGUGUGCAAUACACUGGGAGAUGACCCGGUGGGGGAGGAGAAAUGGGGGAGGGCUUCCUAUUCAGAGACAGGAGAUCAUCUGGGGGAGAGGUGGGAGCUAUUCAAGAUUAACCCAGAGCAUGGUGUGGAUAGGGACGGGCCAAGCUCCUCCCCGCCCACCUCCUCCGUCCCAGGUGCUGGCUCCCAGCCCCACCUGGUGGGCAGCUGGCCCCAUAAAAGUGCCCCAAGGAGCAGGAGGCGGCUGUUAGGAAGGGCAGGAGGAUGAGCGCGGAGCAUGGUCAGCAGCAGCAGUCCGGGGGCCGCAGGGGCCGCAGUUCUGGCGACAAGAAGUCCAGAAAGCGGAGCCGGCGCAAGGAAACCUAUUCCAUGUACAUCUACAAGGUGCUAAAGCAGGUGCACCCGGACAUUGGCAUCUCUUCCAAGGCCAUGAGCAUCAUGAAUUCGUUUGUGAACGAUGUGUUUGAACGGCUGGCCGGCGAGGCUGCCCGGCUGGCCCAGUACUCGGGCCGAACCACGCUGACGUCCCGGGAAGUCCAGACGGCCGUGCGUCUGCUGCUGCCCGGGGAGCUGGCCAAGCACGCCGUGUCCGAGGGCACCAAGGCCGUCACCAAGUACACCAGCUCCAAGUGACCCAGGGCCUGACACUAAUAAAGGGUGAACUGCUCCCGCA